AAAAAUAACCAUGAGCAGCUAGCUCGAGAAGAGUUACUUGACUGGUUGGAAGGGGUCGCGAAAAUGAAACCAAGACCGGUUCGGAACGAUACUAUGAGGGAGGAUCUGGAACGAAAAGCUAACUGGGGACAGCAACGUUAUGACGGCAAGUUGGAGGUCCUUUUUGCCACAUCUAUUCCUAGUAAAUGCCGUUAUUCUUUACAGUUUUUGGACCGGUCCAAAUUUUAUAUUAAUCAUAAUCAUAUUUUAUUUAUAUUCUAGAGUCGCCUGUGAAGGGAUAUUACAUUACCAGAUCAAAUGGUAAAAGAAACGGGUUGUCCUCUUAUUAUGGUAGCCAGAUGAGAGGAGGGAUCUCCCAAGCAAAAUCAGAUAGAAACGAAGCUUACUUGGAUCCAUCCCAUCCCUUGCAUGAAAACAUUAAAAUGAGCAUGACACAGUCCACUCAUAAUCGUCCACCAAUGGACCUCAUUUAUGUCGCUACUCUCUUCCCUCCAGAAGAAAUUAAACCUAAUCUAAUGGAGACUCAUUUGGGAUUGGAACCGGUCCAAAGUGAGGAAGGAUCGAACCAUGGGUUAGUGGAAGAAUAUGGUGGGAGUUGUUGUGGUGAUAAGGGACAAUUUUCUAUUCGGGUGACCCAUUUAACAAGGACUGUCAACCCUUCCGAAAUUUACAUCCGUACAAUUGGACGACUUGUUGACCCGAUGGCCUGCAUGGAGAAAAAAAUCAUCCUAUGUGACUCGACAAGCACGAAGGAAAUGGGGGAGGGGUUUAUGAUGAUUUACAUGCAAAGAUACAAUCGGAUCCACAAUUGCAACCGUUACAUUAUCACCGUGACUGCAACUCCUCCACCGGACAUUAUUCGUAAGGCACAGAAGUACGCAGAUGAUGGUGUUCCAUUGUUUAACAUUAUCCAAGAUGGAGACCAGGCCCACCCUCCUCCUUGGGCCACACUUGAUGAGGUGACUACACUUCCAUGGACAGUAUCACAAAAGGAUCUCAUCGUUCGAUAUGAUCCCCGUCACCCCGAUGUGAAGCGUCACUACAAGAACUUCCAGAAUUUGAAACAAUUGAUUGACGAGUUUGGUGAGCCACCAACUACUUAUUAUGUUACCGGGGAUGGAUCACGGGAUGAUCUUAAACGACAAUUCGAUGCAAUUAUUGCUUCUAGAGAUAAUAAUUAAUUACUUUUUUUUGUAAUAUUUGGACCGGUCCAACUGCUAAGGUUUAUUGUUUUGUUCUACCCUAUUUUGUUUGACUGCACCCCAAGCCAGGCCGUAAAAUAAAGUACACUUAAGCUGAAAUCAAUAAGACCAUUACCUCGGGCUGAAUACAAAAUACCCGGCUACCUUCCCCGCCGCAUAAAUAACUCAACAUAGCUCCCAACAAACAACAAAAUGGAACAAACUUUCCCUGACAGUUUUCGGAAAAAUUACUCCAGACUAAAUUGCAACGCACGCAUAAAAGCCACAAUUCCAUUUCGCUUUGACGUCGUCUCGAUGUUUCCCCGUAUCACAUACUAAAUUUUUAAUGGACAUCCAACGAAGAGUACCUAUUUUGAUGGAGCGGUGGAUGACUUUACCUUAAUGAACUAACCAAGUGGAAUUUAUUUAGAUGAUUUUCAA